AUGGAUGCGCGUCAUGAAGUACCAUCUUCAAAUCUACGCGCGCCUCUCAAUCCAGAAAAUCGCGCGAUACAAUUACUGGCGAACACGAAGGAGCGGAUAGACUGGGACUCUUAUAUUCGCUCCGAGUCGGAGAUUGGAAAGAUAAAAAACAAGCAUCUACGGCGGUUCUAUGAGGAGCAAAAUGAAAAGAUUCAAAACUUCAAAUGGGUCGAUCGGAUACUGGAUUCUUCACUACCUGGCAAUGUCAUUCGGAGUUAUGGCGCGACAGACCGUGGCAUGUCGGCAGGCGUCGAUGUGGAAGCGGGCUCAGAAUUUGACGACGAGGAAGCUGAGCAACGAGCGAUAUCACGCGCCAUCAACGUCAAUUUUGCGGCCAAUGUCAUCUUGUUGAUUGGCAAAGUCGUCGUGACACUCAGUACAGAGUCGCUCUCCAUCAUUGCUUCGCUGCUGGACUCUGUUCUCGACUUUCUUUCCACAGUCAUCGUAUGGACGUCGAAUCAGCUGGCUCAGCGGCGCGACAAUUUCAAGUAUCCUGUCGGCCGGUCACGUCUCGAACCUCUUGGCGUGCUCGUCUUCUCGGUGCUCAUGAUUGUCUCCUUCUUCCAGAUUGCCAUUCAAGGCGUCCAGCAGCUUAUGGCGAGACCAGAGAUUCGGGCACCACUCAAGCCAUUGUCACUGGCAGUCAUCCUCAUCAUGGCCUCUGUCGUGCUCAUCAAAUCACUCUGCUGGUUCUGGUGCCGGUCAAGCAAAAGCGCAAGCGUACAAGCUUUGGCGCAAGACGCGGCCAGUGAUGUCGUCUUCAAUUUCUUCUCUAUCGUCUUUCCAUUGGUCGGCUUCUAUCUCAAUGUCUGGUGGCUCGAUCCCCUCGGAGCUGUUCUCAUCUCCAUCUAUAUUCUUAUUUCAUGGACACGGACGAGUAGCGAACACAUCAUGAACUUGACGGGUCGUAUCGCUGAUGUUUCUGAUAUCGAGGCCGUCAUCUACAUGGCAAUGCGCUUUUCUGAUCUCAUUCAAGGUGUUACCUCUGUCGCAGCCUACCACGCAGGCGACAAGGUGGUGGUAGAACUCGAUAUCUUGCUUGAUGAGCAAACAUCGCUUCGCGACUCGCAUGAUCUGGGUGAGGCGCUUCAGUAUGCGAUAGAGCACCUUGAGUCUAUCGAAAGAGCAUUUGUACAUCAGGACUACGUUGGCCUGAAGACCUCCAUGCAUAAGUCUACUGGUGGAUUCAAGUAA